AUGGUUUCCAUUGGCAAUGCACACAAUGACCUUAUUCACGACGCUGUGUUAGAUUAUUACGGAAAGCGUCUUGCUACCUGUUCGUCAGACAAAACUAUUAAGAUUUUCGAGAUUGAUGGCGAGACUCAGAGGCUAAUUGAUACACUUCGUGGCCAUGACGGGCCAGUAUGGCAGGUCAGCUGGGCUCAUCCUAAGUUUGGUGUGAUUCUUGCUUCUGCUUCAUAUGAUGGAAAGGCAUUUAUUUGGAGAGAAGAUAAUGGCCAGUGGUCAAAUAUUGCCCAACAUGCUGUUCACCAAGCGUCUGUGAACUCUGUAUCAUGGGCCCCUCAAGAGUACGGAGCUCUGUUAUUAUGUGCUUCAUCUGAUGGUAAGGUUUCAAUUGUCGAGUUCAAGGAUGAUGGUAAACCCGACUCUAUCUCUUUCCCAGCACAUGCUGUUGGUGUCAACGCCGCUUCCUGGGCCCCUCCAUCUGUUAGUGGCUCCAUUAUCCAGACCGGUGCAGGAGCUACUAUUAAUGCCGCUACCGACGGUAAUGGCUCAUCGACCACAUCGACUGCACAGGAGACCCGCCGAUUCGCGUCUGGUGGCUGUGAUAACCUCGUUAAAAUCUGGAAGUUCGACAGCUCGGUCGGCAGUUAUGUCGAAGAAGUCGCUCUUGAGGGACACACCGACUGGGUCAGGGACGUGGCCUGGUCGCCCUCGGUGCUGUCAAAAUCAUACAUUGCAUCGGCCUCGCAAGACAAGACCGUCAUCAUCUGGACCCAGGAGGGAUCUGGUCCAUGGAAGAAAAACCUCCUUAAAAGUGACAAGUUCCCCGAUGUCGUUUGGAGAGUCAGCUGGUCGCUCUCUGGCAACAUCCUCGCUGUUUCUGGCGGCGAUAACAAGGUCACUCUCUGGAAAGAAAACCUCAAUGGCGAGUGGGAAUCGGCCGGCGUUAUCGACGAAUAG